AGCAAUGAGAUGGACUGACGUGCACGCAAGAGGCAGAGAGAAUCUAGUAUCGAACAGGGCAUCUAAGUACUUGUUGUUGUCGCUAGUAAACUAAAAUAUUAUAACAUAGCUAGCUUAUUGCUUCAAAAACAUCCGACAUUUGCUUUUGAAAUGACAGACCUACGGCAUCGUGGAACGGCAGAAAACGAGCUACAACAGCAACAGUCUGAUGACAAGGGCUCUGAGAAGGAGGGGGGCUCUGACGGAGAGACCAAGCCUGACCCGGGAGUCCCAGAGGUGCCUGUGUCCACUGACGACACCCCCGAGGUCCUCAACAAGGCCCUGUCCGGACUGUCGUCACGAUGGAAGAACUGGUGGGUUCGAGGGAUACUGACUCUGGCCAUGAUCUCUUUCUUCUUCUUCAUCAUCUACAUGGGCCCCAUCGUUCUCAUGAUGAUAGUGCUGUGUGUGCAGAUAAAGUGCUUCCAAGAGAUCAUCACCAUCGGCUACAGCGUGUACCACUCUUAUCACCUUCCCUGGUUCAGAACGUUGAGCUGGUACUUCCUGUUGUGCGUCAACUACUUCUUCUAUGGUGAGACGGUGACCGACUACUUCUUCACGCUGGUGCAGAGGGAGGAGCCUCUUCGCAUCCUCAGCAAAUACCACCGCUUCAUCUCCUUCGCCCUCUACCUCACAGGGUUCUGCAUGUUUGUGCUGAGCCUGGUGAAGAAGCACUAUCGUCUGCAGUUCUACAUGUUUGGCUGGACUCAUGUGACUCUGCUGAUUGUGGUGACACAGUCUCACCUCAUCAUCCACAACCUGUUUGAGGGCAUGAUUUGGUUCAUAGUGCCCAUCUCCUGUGUGAUCUGUAAUGACAUCAUGGCCUACAUGUUCGGCUUCUUCUUCGGACGCACCCCCCUCAUCAAGCUGUCUCCUAAGAAGACGUGGGAGGGCUUCAUCGGAGGGUUCUUCGCCACUGUCGUGUUUGGCAUCCUGCUGUCCUAUGUGAUGGCUGGCUACCAGUACUUCGUGUGCCCGGUGGAGUUCAACAACGACUCCAACCGCUUCACGGUGGACUGCGAGCCCUCGGAGCUGUUCGUGCUGCAGGACUACGGGAUGCCCGCCAUGCUGGAGUCUCUCACUGGCUGGACCACGGUUCGUCUCUACCCCUUCCAGAUCCACAGCAUCGCCCUCUCUGCCUUCGCCUCCAUCAUGGGACCCUUCGGCGGUUUCUUUGCCAGUGGCUUCAAGAGGGCCUUUAAGAUCAAGGACUUUGCCGACACCAUCCCUGGUCACGGCGGCAUCAUGGACCGCUUCGACUGCCAGUACCUCAUGGCCACCUUCGUCAACGUUUACAUCGCCAGCUUCAUCAGGGGCCCCAACCCCGCCAAGGUGGUCCAGCAGCUGCUGGCGUUGCGUCUGGACCAGCAGCUCGUCAUCUUCAACUCCCUGAAGACCCACCUGACCGAGAGGGGCCUGUUGCAGGUCGGCGAGGAGGCUGCCUAGAGCCUCACCCUCACCCGCAGACGCCUGCUGCUCCAGUGGGAGGAGAGCAAGGAUACAAACGAGGAAAAACAAACAACAACAAAAAUCUACGAAAGCCUUGGGUCAUUCCGUGUUGUGUAUGAAUGUGAGAGUGCGCGUGUUAUAUUUUGUCCGUGUUUCAGGUUGUCUGUAAGUGACUGUAUGAGUGUUGUCAACCAUAGUACCUAAAGUGAUGCCACUUUACAUUUCUGCGUGUACACAGGAUAACCUGUACCUCCGACGUGUGUGUGAAUAUUUGAGGGUACAUGUCCUAUUUUAUAUUUUGUGUUUUAAUGCACUGCUCGAACAUGCUGACACUGUGUCCGUGCUUAUGUUUCGUUUGCUUCCGCCGUCAUUGUAUUUAUAUAUCUGUGGUUGUGUUUUUACAUUGAUAUCUCGCCAUUUCAUCCCUUUUGUCUGUUUUACCCCCACGGGAGACAGUGGGCUGUGUAUGCCCAGAUGUUCUGGGGCAUACACAGUCGCACCGUGCACAUGCUUCUGUUUGUCAGUGUUGCUCCUGUGUGUCUCCUUUUUGGGUUUUGUCCUUCGGCGCCAUUUCAGGGCUUUCCGCAUCCAGCCAGACCUUCCUGGAGGCAU